AUGGACAUGGCGACAGCCAUUGGGACAACAAACCUCCACGAGAACCAGGCUGUCCUGCCAACAUUCUCCCGCCUCUCCACUACCAGCACCACCCCCCUCAGCCCAGGACUGGAGAGGGGUUGGCUCCUUCCCACAGCCUGGCAGAAUACCGAGGCCGGGCGUUAUCACCACCACUCGGCAGGCUCCUCACUGCGCUACAUACCCCGCAGGGCGGUUCUCUACUGCCCCGGCAAUGAUGAGCGGAAAUUGAGGAAACUAGCUUCGCUGGAUGUCGACUGUGCCGUCUUGGACUGUGAGGAUGGCGUAGCCCUCAGCAAAAAGACAGAGGCCAGGGAGACCAUCCCCAGGAUGUUGGCUGAACUGGACCUGGGCCGGACGGAGAAGUGUGUGAGGGUGAACUCUGUGUCCAGUGGCUUUGCUGAGGCUGACCUGCAGGUCAUCCUGCAGGCUGAGGUUCUCCCUCCUGCCAUCAUGUUGCCUAAAGUGGAAGACACACAGGAAGUGCAGUGGUUUGUUGACAGGUUUCAGCACUACUUGAAAGGACGGGCACUGACAGAACCCGUCCGUCUGGUCACCUUUGUGGAAACCGCUGUGGGCCUGCUCAAUUUUAAGGCGGUUUGUGAGGAAGUCCGUCGACUUGCUCCGAAGGCCGGCCUCCACCAUGACGGUGUGGUGUUUGGCUCUGAUGACUUCUGUGCCAGCAUAGGUGCCACACGGACCAAGGAUGCCAGGGAGCUCCUUUACGCCAGGCAGAAGGUGGUCGUGACCACCAAAGCGUUUGGGCUGCAGGCUAUCGACCUGGUCUACAUCGACUACAAAGAUGUGGAGGGGCUGAGGCGACAGGCCAGGGAGGGCGCUCUCAUGGGCUUUACAGGUAAGCAGGUUAUCCACCCGGGGCAGAUCCAAGCUGUGCAGGAGGAGUUCUCCCCCAGUCUGGAGAGGGUCCAGUGGGCCAAAGAGCUUAUUGCUGCUUUUGACCAACACCAAAAGGAGGGAAAGGUAAUGUUACUAUUCUCUUCCCAAAGUGAUUAUUUUACAUUUAAAAAUAAAUUGCCAGCUAUGGAUGGUUAUUUCUUAGAUAAUUCAAAAAUGUGUUAUCUAUCAAUAUAACUUGAUAGAUUGGGCAAAAGCAAUAUGAAUAGAUGACAC